AUGUCCGGCCACAGAAGCUCACACGAAGCAUCUGAGUCAACUCGGAAGGGAUACCGCUCCAUUCCGCGACGGAGAUCUUACGACGGCAUUGGUGGCGAGCAUAUCCAAGGACUGACUGGCGCCAAUCGUAUCAAAACUGUACAGUUUCGUGAUUCUCAUGAUGGAGCACACAGCUUUACACCAUCGAAUGCUCUAGUAAGAAGGCUCCGCAGCGAAGGUCCUCACCAACAGCCGUCUACCGAAAGGAAGCCCGGGAGAUCUCCAGACGUCGUGGCGGUCCCGUUCUUGGAAUGGCCACUCAAGAACGACACAGACCAUCGAGAUGCUACAGAUAUCGAGAAGAACUUGAUAGGAAUUUUGACUUCCGUGAACAGGAAGCUACGUUCAGGUGAGAUUUCGCGGCUUUAUGGGAACGCUUUCCGGUGUACUUUGCAAGACCUGAAUCGACGACACAAAGUAUUGUUUCUGGAUCCUGAGGCUGAGCUGAAGGACAUUUCGGUUUCGAACCAGGGACCUAUUUCCAAGCAAGAUAAUGACAGCAGCGAGAUUGGUGCGCGUGAUGUUGAUAGCGGCCCACCGAAUGACCACCAAGCUGCGAAGUCCUUGGGAACUGAGGCUGACGGGGAGGCCAUGCCCCGAUUCCCAAAAGCGCAAGAACUCAAGGUUGUCAAGCAUGAACUGGUGAUGAUGAAGGAACUGUACGAUGUAUCUCAGCAGAUACUGGCUGCCUUUGUACCAAAGGAAGGUAGUCUUUUGAGUCAUCACAUAUAUGUACACUUUUGGGGCGCGGUGGAUAGUAUUUAUCGACAACUAUUAUGGGAAGCAAAUGAUACAACAUACGCCAGCCAGAAUCACUUCGUAAUCAGAGACUACGAUGUGGCAAGAAAUGGGAAGAAGAAAGCCAACUCUCAGCUGGUAAAGUCCUGGGUGGACUGCCCAAAGUGCUGCAAUAAAGCAACAUACAUAACUGCUUCACAUGCUCUGAGCCAUCUUCAUUCCCACCGCGAAUGCUCAUCCACAACCAAACGACCAUGGGACGAUCCUUGCUACGUCUGGAUCCAAAGCGUCGGGGAUAGCUCGGGCCAAGUCCCAAAGCCACGAAAGAAGAUUCUCAAGAGGGCGGGGGAGUUUAAAGAGUCACUCCUGCACCUAAAGGAGCAAAUCAGUGAGCUACACAGCCUUGUGGCAAAUGCCUGGGGAACAAGGAAGUUAAAGAGACCCCCGCUACCAACCAGCCUCGUCAAGGCCUUUACACAGCUCUUAACCCUAUAUCUCCUGCAGGCUCAAGACUUAUCAUUGUUGAAUAGGAUCUACAGCGCAGCUAGUGUUGAAGGAAAGGAGCCCCGACUGAACUUGCUUAUGCUAAAGCAACAAGAAUUGGAGAUUUAUUUGAAGGAAGUGAACAUCAAGGUGAGAAAUCUGCUUCAAGAUGCAAAGAAGGAUAUCGUUCUCCUGGGGAGCACAACUCGUGAUAUACACAGUCUCGGUGUCGAGGCUGUCGGUGCAGAGUUCCUUAUAAUGUCGCUGGUCGCGAAUGCCCAGAACCGCAGGGUUAUACCGGAAGCCCUGGUUUCAUCCAGGAAUACGACAGACUACAUCUACCUAUACAGAACUUAUAUCGCCCGACUACGCUUCCAAGCCAGUAAACGUCCCCAGAGACGGCUAUUCCUUGAUAUCGAUGUCCUGCAAGAGGAGCUCAGCGCUGUCAGUAUGGUUCACCAGGCUCAAUCCCGGCUGCUGGGAAACUAUCUCAAGCUCUUAUCACCAGGGUCAUUUCGCAUGACAACGAAAACAAGAGUUGGCAUCUUCAAAACAGAAAAGGCAUUAGCUCGCAGGCAACAACGCCGGCUAUACACCAGAAUCCAGGAUAGUAAAGACUUGACUGAUAAGUUAAGCUACCUGAAAGAGCGAGUGAAGCAGAUGAUCGAGAUUAUAGAGGAAGAUCAUGGUAAAGCCAUCAGACUUUAUGGGAAUGAAUACGGCGGAUAUCAGGGAUAUGGAGCGCAGUCAGAGUAUAUUUUGGACAACAAGCAUCCCGGUCACCACACUCGUGCUGUUUGUGGCUUUACUCUACGGGUACUAUGGGGAUGGUAUUGCGGACUGGUUGGCGCAGAAGACUCACACGACACAACCGGCAUGGAAACAACAGCAGCUAAGGUCACCAUCAAUGGUUAG